CUGCGGCGGCAGCGGCGCGGCGGCAGCGGGAGAUGGCCGGCCCGCAGCAGGCCCCGCACCUCCACCUGGCCGAGCUCACCGCGUCCCAGUUCCUCGACGUCUGGCGGCACUUCGACGCAGACGGAAAUGGCUACAUUGAAGGCAAAGAACUGGAAAACUUCUUCCAGGAGCUGGAAAGCGCAAGGAAGGGGGCGGGCGUGGACUCAAAGAACGACAACUUGAGUGACAAGAUGAAGGAGUUCAUGCACAAGUACGACAGAAAUGCUGACGGCAAAAUUGAGAUGGCAGAGCUGGCCCAGAUCCUGCCCACGGAGGAAAAUUUCCUGCUGUGUUUCCGCCAACAUGUGGGCUCCAGCUUGGAGUUCAUGGAGGCUUGGCGCAGGUACGACACAGACCGCAGCGGCUACAUCGAAGCCAAUGAGCUCAAGGGCUUCCUGUCAGACCUGCUGAAGAAGGCAAAUUGCCCCUGUGACGAGCCCAAGCUGCAGGAGUACACACAGACCAUUCUGCGGAUGUUUGACAUGAACGGCGACGGGAAGCUGGGCCUCUCGGAGAUGUCACGACUUCUGCCUGUGCAAGAAAACUUCCUUCUGAAGUUUCAGGGGGUGAAGCUGUCCUCGGAGGAGUUCAAUGCCAUCUUUGCCUUCUAUGACAAGGAUGGAAGUGGCUUCAUUGAUGAGAACGAGCUGGAUGCACUUUUGAAAGACCUGUAUGAGAAGAAUAAAAAAGAGAUGAGCAUCCAGCAUCUCACCAACUACAGGAAGAGCAUCAUGAACCUGUCUGACGCCGGAAAGCUCUACCGCAAGGAACUGGAGAUUGUGCUUUGCAGCGAGCCCCCUGUGUAGGACCAUGUAGAAGCAUCCCACCCCAUCCCACCCUACCCCACAUGCCUCCUCCUCCCCACAACCAAGCACAACAGGGGAACACCCAUCACUGCAGCGCUCCCUCAGCAGCUCUUGAGUUUGUUGUAGGUCACUAAAGCCCUAAUUCUGGGGGGAAACUUAAUUUCAUCCCAUUCUCCUAGUUGGCAUCAUGAUCUAUAUUAUUUUGGGGGAUUGUUUUCAUUGUUUUGGUCUUUUGUUGGUUUUCUCUGGUUGACCAACGAGAGUUUACAAAUAAAGUUAAGUACUGGUA